AUGGCGUACCGCCACGGCUCGCACCCCUGCCAUGGCUUCGAUGAGCUCGCUGCAGCCCCUGGUGGGCGGCAGUGCUCUGUGUGCAAGGCGCUCUCCGACGGUUCGGAUGUGCGCUGGUUUGGCUGCGUGGCGUCUCCGUGCGAGUUCCUGCUGUGUGAGAAGUGCUUUUCAGUGCAGGAAGAGCUUCUGGCACAGCCGCAGGUGGUAAUCCGCAACCCCAUGCUUGACUACGACGACGGCAGGGCGGCAGUGCACACUCGACCUCGCGAAAAGAGCUACUGUCUCUCGCCACUCUAUGCGGGACGACUACUGCGGGUGGUGAGCACCGCCGUUGACGCGUCCGACCCUUCGAGAGAAUACUACCGUAUUGCGUCCGGUGGGUGGAUCAACCGGUCGCACGUUGUUUGUGUGCACCCCCACCCCAGCCCUAGCAUGCAGCUGCUUUCCGAGGUGCACCUCAACAACCGCAAACUCGGUGCUGAUAUCGCGAGUGGUGCGGUGAGCAUCAACGUGCUGUACGAUUUGCUGCAAGAGUGCAUGCAGACAAUUGACGAGAACGAGGCUUACGGUAUUGUGAUGAGCGCGCUCGUCAUGUACCCGCUCUUGUCUACGCUGGAAAUUCAUUGCUGCCACUUCCGCACCGCGCCGGAUCCGCUACCGCUGGUAGAGUACGUUCACUUUGUGCUGCAUUUUGUGCUCACAAAGUUGGUUGAGCGCAUGGACAUGGAGGAGGUUCAAUUUGUCUUCAAACUCGUGGAUGGCGCGAUGGCGUUCCUCUUUGGCGACGUGCUCGCUCGAUGCCUCUGCGCCGCCUACCACCUCGCCUGCACCUGGAAGGUGCGGCUGCCGUCCUCCUUUGCAUACCUAGUCUCCCGUGCGCUCGCUGCCAUGAACCGCCUCCUGCGUUUGCUCCCGGAGGAGGCGUCGGAGCAGCCACCCGUCCUCUGCGCACCUGCCGUGACCGUGAUUCAUCACAGCAAGAGCGUUGAGCGGCAGCGACUCGGCCGUCUCUUCCUCACCAUGACGGACAUGGGUAGCUGCUUGCUGCAACACUGCAUCCGCGAGACUCGCCUAGUCCUCGAUGUGCUGCAGCCCAUCCGCGAUCAGCUGUGCGGUGACCACAAGCAUCACCUGUCCAAGGUCUUCUGUGAGGCGCUGGCCACGAUGGCAGAGGUGGACCUGCUGCGCGUGCAGCGCACCUACCUCCACCUCGACGCCCUCGAGGUAUUGGGCGGCCUGGCCGCCAACACGUGCCUGGCCGAGUCUCAGAUAGCUGUUUUCCGCGUCUCGCAGUACCUAGCCAAACAGUGUCCGCACAGCAUCGCGAUGCUCAGCGCCGUUCUCUUAGAUAAGCUGCUCAAGAUGCUCUCUGAAACGCAGAGCCCCGCCGUCUACGUGGAGGCGAUGACGUGCUUUUAUGAAAUGGCCUUCAACGACCCCCGCAUCCGCGGCACUGAGGCUGGUGCGAGUGAGACACCGCAGCCCCAACCACACACCUGCACGGCACAAGCCGGUACCACUGGCGACGCACCACAGAAAAAGGCCAGCACCCCCUACCAGUUGCUGUGUAUGUACCGCCUGCCCUUCAGCGGUGUCUUGGUGCCGCUGUGCUCGUACUGCUCUGCGCAUCACCCGCCCAGCGGUGGUGACCUCGUGGAGCGCCCGCAGUACGCGUACUUCCACUGUGACUGCCACCACUGCGCCACCGAGGCCACGCGGAGCGCUGUUCGAGUACCGCCGUUGCCGAUAAUCCCGCAGACGACCGCACUGAACAUACUGGAGGAGCAUCUGCCCAACAAGGUGCUUUCCCUCUCCACCUAUCUGCAGAUACCGCAGGCCUUGAACGCGCUUGGUCGGCUUCUCCUCCGCGUACCGCCGCAGGACGAGGUUCUGGUGCGGAUGAUCGAGGAGCUCGUGCGCUACCCCUCUCUUGAGUCCGUGCCCUACGCUGCCCUUGUGGUGAAGGCGAAUAUGCACCUGCCCGCAGUGCAGCAGUGCUUGGCUCGGUUCGCCAACACAGAGCUGAGUCGGUACGUCCACGGCGUCUUCGAAGUGACCACCCCGGCCAAGAACUACGUAGACGAGACACCGGCGAAGAGCCAUCAGCGCAGUGAGCUCGGUCUCUCCGCCUCACCCUACACGAACUCCACUGUGCAGAGCGGGUCGAUGUACGAUAUGCGCGGCGGCCUCUCCUGCUCGUGUGACGGCACCCGUGGGGUCCAGCUCUUCGGCGCUGGCGCCUCCGUAGAGGAGUAG